AUGUUCGACACCGUUUGCAGUUACCCCCUACCGGCGGAUAUAUUCACCCAGGCCAUUCAUCCUACAGAGCCAAUUGUCUCUGUAGGCCUUUCCUCUGGCCAUGUCGAGACCUUCAAGCUACCUGCCGAACAUGAGACUGAGCCAGGGGAGAAGAAAAAUGGGCUAGGGCAUAUCGACACCGUUUGGCAGACAAGGAGACACAAAGGCAGCUGCCGGAGCUUGACAUUUGGCAUUGAUGGAGAUAUACUCUACUCCGCUGGCACAGAUGGCUGGGUAAAGGCCGCGAACUCAGAGACUGGUCGGGUCGUGACCAAAUUUGCGGUCCCAAUGCCUAGGGAUAAGACUUUUCAUGAUACAGACAGUCCCUGUCUGCUGCAUGCCCUCUCUCCCCAGACACUCCUUCUUGCAACCGAUUCCAGCGCACUUCAUAUAUUUGAUCUCCGAAGCCCAUCAACAGAAGUGUCUGCUCGGCCAGAACAAACGCACUACCCCCAUGAUGACUACAUAUCCUCCCUUACUCCGUUACCGCCAUCUGAGAUGAGUACGUCAGGGUUCAGCAAGCAGUGGAUAACGACGGGAGGGACCACAAUUGCAGUCACAGACCUUCGGCGGGGGGUCAUGGUCCGCAGUGAAGACCAGGGCGAGGAAUUGAUCAGUUCAACCUACGUCACCGGUCUGAAAGCUGGAGGUACUAGCAAGGGGGAGAAACUGGUAGUUGGAGGAGGUAGUGGAGUUAUAACGCUUUGGGAAAAAGGAGUGUGGGAUGACCAGGAUGAGAGAAUCAUCGUAGACAAGUCACCACUCGGCGGUGAGAGUCUAGAGGUUCUUACCAAAGCUCCCGACGAGGUAAGCAACGGCAAGGUUGUCGUUGCUGGGCUGAGUGAUGGACGCCUGAAAUUCAUUCAAUUGGGCAGUAACAACAUCAUUUCUGAGACCAGGCAUGACGAAGUUGAAGGUGUCGCGGGUCUGGGGUUCGAUGUUUGUGGCAGGAUGGUCAGCAGUGGCGGCUCAAUAGUCAAGGUGUGGCAUGAGGCACCAGAGACAACCGGGAAAGGGAAGGAUAACUGGGCGCCAUCAAAAAGGCACCUGGAGGAUAGUGAUGAUGAUGAUGACGACGAUGAUAGCGACAAGGAGUCGGCGGCAGAGAGUGAGGAAGAGGAGAAAGAAGAAAAGAGAAGAAGGAAGCGGAAGCGAGGCAAGGGUAAAGAUCGAACUGGUGGCCAGCAUGUAAUGGCCUUCAAGGACCUCGAUUGA